GAACAGAUUCCAACGUCAGUAUUUAACGGAACUUUGUUGAAAUUGGUCGUGGUGAAUGGUAGAGCUUCAUGGGGUACUUCUUCACGCCGAACUACGUUUAACUUUGUCAUCUUCGUGGUUGCACUUGGAACAGUAAUGUGCCAAAGAGAUUUUCUGCAUACCACUUUUAAUUUAUUGAGUGAGACCGACAAAUGACUGGGUGAUUUGUCACUUCUUGCCCCAUUUUUGUUCCAAAUGUGACAUAGAAAUUAUUUCAACAUGGUCAAAUGGUGAGACCACAUACAGAUCAACAUUCAAAGUUAGUGCAGACAUUUACAAAUGAUGGUGUCACCCUUGUGAAAGAGAGGCUGAGGCGAGUUUGAGGAUUUCUUGAGGGUGUCGAAGGACCAAGUCAUAAAAAAAAUCCUCCAGUGCUUGUAUGUGUCUCAUGGUGUUCAAAAUGCAAAACAGUCAUCCCACUUAUAAGAUCUCCAGAGAUGACACGAUGCCAAAGUAGAGGAAAUUAGGUGUGGUUGCGGUAUUUUCUCAUACAACAUACAUUUGUCCGCGCUUAGUUGUCCUUACAGCACCCUCAUAGGACAUCAUUUUCUCCAUCUAACUAUAGUGUUUCUUCAUACAGAGAUGAUAAUUCACUUACCAUCCUCUCGGUCCGAUACCGAGCACUUAAUUCAUCCAUAUAGUAUUGUGAUGAUAUGCCACAGUAAGAGUUCAUUAAUGCAAUGAAUGAAGACAGUGGUUGGUGAAAAGGCAACAACAGCAACAAAAUAAAAGACUCUUUUCAGAGAAAUUAAUAAAUUAAUAUCUGCUAUCGUAUAUUGAAGUGUAUUGUGGUGUAUAGAGUCAACUUAUUUGCUGUCAUCUGCAGCCAUGGAGAUCCAAAUGAAUUUACAAGAGCAUCAAUAUGUCAUGUCGGCUCUUCUGAGAGGAUAUCAUGUUCCGUUGCACCUACACUUUGUUACACCGGGCACGUAACUACGAGAUUACUUGAAGCCUGCCGUGUUCUCUCGAGUGAGGGAGUCGAUUCAACAUGACCAUAACGACAGUGAUGAUGAACAUUAGCUUGAAUUCGUCGGACGAUGGAUGUCCGAAAGUGGUGCAAGUGUGGUAUCCGACCGUUCUGGGCAUUGAUCUGGCUGUGCCACAGUGGGAAGCUAUAGCCACAGCUUUGGUGCUCUCACUCAUAAUCCUUCUAACAAUAAUUGGCAAUAUCCUUGUCAUUCUCAGCGUCUUCACGUACAAACCACUGCGCAUCGUACAAAAUUUCUUUAUUGUUUCACUGGCCGUGGCAGAUCUAACCGUUGCGGUUCUCGUGCUACCUUUCAAUGUGGCAUACUCAAUACUCGGUAAAUGGGAGUUUGGCAUUCAUCUCUGCAAGAUGUGGCUCACCUGUGAUGUACUGUGCUGCACAUCGUCCAUCCUCAAUUUGUGCGCUAUUGCUCUAGAUCGCUAUUGGGCCAUCACCGAUCCCAUUAACUAUGCCCAAAAGCGAACGGUGGAGCGGGUUCUGUUACUGAUAGCAGGAGUAUGGGUGCUGUCGCUAAUCAUCAGUUCACCACCACUGGUGGGAUGGAAUGAUUGGCCAGAGGAAUUCAGCAGCCAAUAUCCCUGCCAGUUAACGUCCAAUCGUGGCUAUGUGAUCUACUCGUCCUUAGGUUCUUUUUUCAUACCCCUAGUUAUUAUGACAAUUGUAUACAUCGAAAUCUACAUUGCCACCCGGCGACGACUCCGGGAGCGUGCCCGAGCGUCCAAGAUCAACGCCAUGGCCCUACGAAGUACGGGCGGCAAGGAGACUGCACCCCCACAGCCAGAUCAAGAAUCUGUGAGCAGUGAAACAAAUCACAACGAACAUCCAAAUGUGUCGGAUUGCACAUCCAAUGCCAAGAGUCUGGAGAAGAGGCGAAAACGUGAGAAGAAAAAGCUAGAAAAGCGUGUGAAGGAAAAGGCAAAGAAGACAGACUGUCUCCUGGAGGCGCCGACUGCACGCGAGGACUCGGUGACGGAAAACAACCAGGAAGUGUCAUCGGAGAGUGCAAAGCCCAAUGGUGAUGGUGUGACAAUUACUACAGACAACGACAAGGAUAAGGGCAGAAAGGGUGAUACCAAAAAGCAAUCAAUGCGUCGCGCAGGUGGUAUGUACCAAUUCAUCGAGGAAAAGCAGAAAAUUUCACUGUCCAAAGAGCGUCGAGCGGCGCGAACGCUUGGUAUAAUUAUGGGUGUAUUCGUGGUAUGUUGGCUUCCGUUUUUUAUUAUGUACGUCACCCUACCCUUUUGCCGUUCGUGCUGUCCCUCGGACAAGUUAAUCAAUUUCAUUACAUGGUUGGGGUACAUCAAUUCAGCCCUCAAUCCCAUUAUAUACACCAUUUUCAACUUAGAUUACAGAAGGGCUUUCAAGAAACUCUUAGGCAUUAAGACGUAAUAAUCGAUGUUAUAUGAUAUGGAUAAUGUUGUACAUAGCACUUACCCUAAAGAAAAUCCAACAUCGUCUUCACUCUGCUGCGCGAAAAUGCCGAAAAAAAAGUACAUCAAGAUGGGGCUAAUUGAGAAAGUAGAAGUAGAAUCUUAUAGCAAGAGAAGUCCAUACAAUUUACAGGUCGUACUACAUCCGCUCUUUUACUCUAUAUAUAUAUAAACUAUGGCUUAAAGCACAAAGAAAAUCACCGCAAUUGCAAGUCGUUAAUAUAAUCAUUUAUGAAAGUCAUAGUCAUAAUUCAAUUAGGAUGAAACAAUGAGUAAGGCUAGUAAAUUUAUCGAUGGCUUUCUGAAAUGUUUCAUACACUAUAAGGAUACGUUGUUAACAGUGUGUUUCAAAUGUUAUGUCUCAAGGAUGAUAUAAUUUUGCAAACACUCUCUUCUUUCCUAAUCUUCAACUUAAAAGUUAGCUGGCAAAUUUACAUUAUCCGCUUUACCAGUGUCAAACAAGAAUACUUUAUGAAUGCUUUUUGAAAAUAUGUUUGGUAUAUAGUUGUGGUCAAAUCAUAUCAACAUGCUUACUACUUUCCUACUUCUACAUAAACUUUACAUUAAUAUUGCAAAAUAAGAAUUUUGUAAUGGAUACAUGUUAAAUUCUUUCAAUAAGUUCAGAUAACUCUUAUCAAACCAAUGAAAUUCUGUCAUGGUAUUUUUCCAUAAAAAAGCAUUAAUAACAUAUAAAAUAGUUUUGAACAAUUUUUUUUUAAAUAUUAAAGUUUGGUUUACUAAAAAACAAAAAUUUUUACAAAUUAUAGAAACGAACUAAUAAAUAAUCAAAUAAAGAUUGCAAUAAAAUAGUAAACAUAUCGUUCGGAAGGUUGGUACUUUCGAAAAGUCAUAUGGAAAUGGAUUUGUCAGUAGUGGUGCCAUCUCUACAUAAACUUAGAUUUUGGAACCGAUUUUAAUUUAUUGAAAAUUUGGAGAAUUUUUUUUUUAAUUUAUUCAACCAUAGCCAAGAUUGAAAAACCAAAAGAAAUUGCAAAGGUUUGACCAAUAACCUUACUGGAAAAGUAAAACUACAGUAGACUCUCACUCAAUCGACUCUUUUUCAAUCGGGCAACAAAUUUUGUUUGACAAUUUUCACGUUUAAUUAUGAAGCUAAUUCGCUCAAAUUCGCUGUAGUUCCUCUUAUUUUAUCAUGAUUCUUUAUAAUUAAGCGCUUUUUGUGGAAUUUACAAAGGCUUUGACGCUCAAUUCUAUCGCUAAACCGGAUGACAUUUUGCCCCAUAAUCCCGAUUGAGAGAGAGUCUGCUGUAAGUUAUAUAAGUUUAAGAAGUUUUUGAGAUGUAUACACUAAACCUUAAUUUUGUAAGGGAAGAGGAGGUAUAAAAGUUUAAGCAAAAAGCACCUCUACAGACAGAAUGUUUAUUUAUGGAAGAAAAAGUCCCAGUACACCAUAAUGUUUGACUUCAAAUAAACAGAUGAACAAAUACCGAAACCUGUUUUCUUAAGAACUUCAGAAUUUCAAAAUUUUGCAACUCUAAAGUUUCCUACCAUCCCAUCUAGAAAGAAAUACGUAUUAUAUAUUAAAAUAUGUAGAAAAGAAUUAUUUCAGCCGCUUGUUCGUUUCUCUUUGCUUUAUUUUUGUAAAAAAAUACUAUUUUUUUUUUAUUUAUUGGUUUAAUAAAUUAUCUAAACAUGUUAAACUUACAUAUGAAAAAAAAUUGAGAUAAGACUAAAUUAGUUCAGCUCUCAAAGCAAAUAUUAUAAUCUUACCAUGAGACUUUUCAUUUUAAACACACUGUGUGUACAGCACAUUAAAUUUAAGUGACAACCGAAACACUUAAAAAAAAUAAAAUUAGAGAUAAUAUGAAAAAAAUCGGAAAAUACUCAACUGUGAAUAUAAAUUGAAAAAAGGUUAUAGAUGCAUGAAAAGAAAGAAGUUUUAUAAAAAUCUUUCAUAAAAUGCACUGCAUAUCUUGUUAAGAGUCUAUAAAGAAUUUCAAAUGUAUUUUAAUGUUCAGUUAUGAGUAUAAAAAAUAAGUUUCAUAAAAGACUGAUAAUUUAGUUAAAUAAGUUUAAAAAAAAAAUGUAGAUAUAAAUAAAUUUGUGUCUGGAAAUUGUCUUGCGAUGGUUCUUAAAUAAAUAUUUAAAUCAAUUAGCAAAUUUCCAGAAAUAUUGUGGAUAAAGCGUUUUAAAAACAGAAGAAAAAAAAACAUAUUGCCAGUUGAUGUAAUUUGACCAGAAAGAGAAAUAUUUAUUGUAAUGUGAUUAGAAAAUUAUUUAGUUUGGAAUGAUAAACCAUUGUGAAUGUAAAUACAAAAUAUAAAUAGUAAGACUAUUUAACCUACAUUAGAAUUCAUUAGUUAUAGCAAUAUAUGUAAUUGAACUUAAUCUCAUAGUAAAUAUUUAAAUGGAGAGCACUAAUUAUUCUAUAUAGACCAAACACAGAAACAUAGGGUAAUGUAGUCAUUUAUUUUGAGCAUGAGGAAAUCAUUCAUGAAAUCAAUGCCAUUUCAAUAAUAUACACACACAAAGAGCCCUAAAGAGUAUAUUAUUGAAAGAGCAAAAAAUUCAAUUUCUCUGAAAAAAAAAAACAUCAAAACUCCUCUUAUACUCUUCAUGUUAUACUCAAAUAAUUACAAAUAAGUGUUAUAGAAGAUUUGUGUAGUAAAACAUUUUAGAGACCCAAAGAAGCAUCGUCCCUACGCUGAUGAUGUAAUAUCCCUGGAUAUGAAAGAGUAUUAAUGAGAAUAUUGUGAGUUCAUGUAAACUAAAAUAGAAAUUAAAAAAAUAAUUAUUUUACAAAACAAA